GGAUUCGGCAUCGUGGGUUCCUCCGGUAACGGAAUGAGUUCCGAAAUUCCGGUGGAAACCUCUUCGGUUGCCAUGGUUGUGCCGUCCUCACCACUACCCUUUGGGGCAAGUGUGGGGGCCGCGACCAUGACGUCGUUUGCAAUGCCGAGCUCGAUCUUCGGGUCGGCCCCUCGACCCAUUCCCGGGCUCGAAACCACGGGGGAUAACCCCGUCGCAAGAUCCCCCCAGCCCAAUGAAGCCAACGACCCCCUCGUGGCGAUGGUGAACCAAGCAUGGUACCACAACAACUAUCUCGACAUCAACAUUAUCCUGGAGGGGUUGGGAGAUUCGCUAUACCCCGUCUACGUCGGUGCAACGCUCGCCAAGGAGCUUUGGAAUAGCUUGAACAAAAAGUAUCAAGCUGAAGAUGCCGGCACGAAGAAGUUCAUCGUCGGGAAGAUGCUGGACUACAAGAUGGUCGACAGCAAAUCUGUUGUCGCCCAGGCUGAGGAGCUUACGGUUAUCUUCAACAAAUGCAAUGAAGAGAAAGUAGGCGUCAGCGAGGCCUUCCAAGUGGCGGCCAUCAUCCACAAACUUCCCCGGUCGUGGGAAGAUGUCCAAGCCGACCUCAAGCUCAAAAGAACGGAGCUGAAUCUGGAGCAACUGCUCACGCGGUUGAGGAUCCGAGAGGAAGGGCUUGCUAGAAGAAAUGGAGGAGCUAAGGCGAAUGUUGUAGAACAUCCGUCGGGCUCUUCACAUGGCGGGAAGGACAAGAAGAAAAUGGGUCCUAAGGGUGGUGUUUCUAAAUUUGCAGGAAAGUGCUACAAUUGUGGCAUUACUGGGCAUCGUUCCUCCGAUUGUAGGAAAAAGAAGCCACAAAAGGGUAAGAAGAAAACCACUGAAGCCAUGUGUGCGGAGCUUGACAACUUGGACCUCUGCGCGGUUGUCACCGAGGUAAAUCUCGUCGGGUCAAACCCGAAGGAAUGGUUUGUGGACACAGGAGCCACACGCCAUAUUUGUUCAAAUCGGAGCAUGUUUCACGACUUUCAAGAGAGCUCCGGUGACAAGAGGGACAACAACGUUGCGAAGUGGCGUUACAAGAUCGAUAUACGAAAAAUGAGCCCCAUCAGACUUGAUUGGACGAUCACUGAGAGAAAGUAAAUUGAACUUUGAUCACAGAUUUGUGACAUAGAGUGGAGCCUGUACAUAUACUUGCAGAGUUGCCAAGAAGAAUCGAACUCGGGUCUUACCCCAUUCGCCCUCAGCUCCUUGUCUUGCCAACUGCGCGACGCCCACCGGCUACAUGAUCGGUAUAAGAAGAAUGCGAAUAAUGAAUUAACAGACUU